AUGUUCAUUCAAGAUAUUGAUCCCAACCUCUGCUCUCGCUUGGUCCAUCCAUAUCAGAUCAUUAACAACGGCGAAGACUUUACUUAUCAUUGCGGUGCAUCCAACACUUGCCAUAUUGGAAAUGCGCUUUACUUCAUCGUUUAUCCCCAUCAGCUAAGUCUACAUUACUUCACCGGAUGCGACAAUGGUAGUCAUAUGGUACUAUACGUGAAGAACGAGGAAGAAUUGAGUUACAUACCUACGUGCAACAUGAAUCCCAACCACGAAGACUUUUAUAUCUACGAUUAUAAUGGCUGUUUCAAACAAGAAUUAUCUAGCCACGUUAUCGACGACACAGGUUCAAGCAUCGAGCUAAUAGAAAAUAAAGCCGGUUUAUCUAAUAAUUCUGCCACCCACACACAGCACUCGAGCAAAAGUGACAAGGGCGAACUCUAUAUUAUCGGUAGAGUAAUCCGGGCAGUCUAUAAGAAUUGUACUGUUGAUCUUGGGAUAAAUGAUGUUCGUAACAUAAUUAAGAAGUUGCAAAAACGUAAGAAGAAGAAUAAUUUCGUCAAUUCGUUUAUAUUAUAUCGCGCACUCUUAUCCAAAAAGCUAGAAUAUAAGAGAAAAGAGUUCGCGAAGGGCGACUUUCAAUGUUAUAUUAGCGAAUUCGCAAGCAAGACCUGGAAGGGAAAAAGCAAGCCUACUGAAAAGGAGAUAAAAAAGCUUGCGGCUGCAAUCAACAGGUGUAUAAAGCCAAAAACCUCGAAUCCCCCACUUUAG